UACAGCUCUGUCAACUGGGCAUAGGAGAAGGUCAGGAGGAUGUCUUCAUCAUAUAAGCGCCUGACGAUCAAGCGGUUCCCUCGCGUUCAGGAGCGCGAGACCGCGGAGGCGCGAUAUUGGCGAAAUUUCACCAACCCCGAAGUCCAGACCCACAACGCGCCGGUGUCAUGCAUCCACUUCAGCGCCACGGCCCCGCACGACUUCGCGGUGACGUGCUCCACGCACGUCUCCCUGCACGCGGCGGUCACCGGGCGCCAGAUUCGGAGCGUCGGCCGCUUCGACCACGUGGCGUACAGCGCUCAGCUCCGCUCUGACGGGAAGCUCAUGGGGACAGGGGACCACACUGGGACCGUGAUCGACGUUAAGACCAAGGGUAUCCUCCGAGCAUUCCGCGAACACAAGGCGCCUACGCGAGUCGUGAGAUGGUCCUGCGACGGUCUUCAACUGGCCAGCGGCUCCGACGACAAAACACUCCGCCUCUGGGAUCUGCCAACGUCUACGGCCGUCCAGGUCAGGCAAGGUCAUGCGGACUACGUACGCGCGUUGGCGGCCUCCCCCUCGAGCCCAGACACCUGGAUCUCCGGAUCGUACGAUCACACCGUCAAGAUGUGGGACACCCGACAACCCAAGCGAAACGUGCUAGAGCUUUCCCACGGGGCUCCGGUGGAGGCGUGCCUGUUUUUGCCGGGAGGGGGUCUCUGCGUCAGCGCCGGCGGAAACGAAGUCAAGGCGAGUGUGUGGGAUUUACUCGGGGGAGGAGGGGGGCGGCUGCUGCACACGCUGGCGAACCACCAGAAGACGGUGACCUGCCUCGCGCUGGAUGGCACCGGAUCGCGGCUGCUGACGGGGGGACUGGAUAGGCACGUCAAGAUUUACAACCUCGAGAACUUCAAGGUGGUACACAUGCUCAAGUACCAGGCGCCUGUGCUGGCCCUGGCCCUUGCGCCGGACAACUCGUCGCUCGUCGCCGCUACCACGGACCGGGCGCUGACGAUAAGGCGAAGGGACCUCCGCCACGCGGCGGCACUCGCGGAGAGGGAGAUGGCCAAGUCGGGGAGAAUCGGGGGCCCCGUGGGAUCCGACGGGGGUCCCCGGUCUGUCCGCACCGGUACGGCGAGAUAUUUCAACCGAGGGAAGACGGAGGGGGCCGGGGAAGGGGACGUGAAGGUAGCGUCGAGGAAAAGCAGAGCUAUCGCCUCCUACGACGAGUCUCUCCGAAAGUUUCGUUUUCGCGAGGCCCUGGACAGGGGUCUGGCUACGGGAAGCCCCCUGGUGGUGGCGGCGCUGUUGGAGGCGUUGACGGAGAGAGGGGCGUUGGAGAAGGCGCUGUCGGGGAGGGAUGCGGCGGGUCUCGAGCCUGUCGUUGCAUACCUGGCAAGGCACCUCACGAACCCUCGACAUACGGAGCAGCUCAUCGCGGUCACGUCGAGCGUGCUGGACAUGUACGGGGACGUUGUGGCGUCUUCCCCUAAGGCCCUCAGCCUCUUCGCGAAGCUACGAGCUCAGGUGAAACGGGAGGUAGGCUUCCAGAAGGACAUGCUGUCGAUGCUGGGGGCGAUGGACGGAGUUGUGUGCGCGGCCGGCGACGGCCGGGGGGGAGAUAUUGGAGGCGUUCCCCCCUAAUCACGUCGGGUCGAUGAUGGUACUACCGCUGUUCAUUGGCAACGAUGGAGAGGUUGACAAGGCGUUACCGCCCAGAUCAUUGCGGGUAGAUGAUGGUGCUGCCGAUGUUGUUGACAGGCAACUUUUAGAGACGUUGACAAACGUGCGUGAGCACCGCGCGGCAUGGAUUUUGUUGACGUGCAAUGGUGUCAAGGUGAGGUGGGAACUGUAUUUCCCUUCGGUGGUUGGCGUUGCACCACGUGGAAUGGAGGCGUGUGUCUGUGUUUCACGCACGGUCCGUUUUCGAGCAACUCAUAUUCCCCGAUUUGGCGGCGCCUACCAGCUAGGCUGCGCGGAUUUCUUGCCAACAGGUAGGUUGUACCAGUCCUCAGAACGGUCCCCCAAUGGACACACAUCGUUCCUUUGGGUGAACCAAUACCUGUGGGACUUUCAUUGCCAAUUCUUAGCUGAGGGAGGAUCCCGUGUGUUCGCCUCCCCGUCGCGAGUGUCUGUCUACGCUUCAUUUACACUUUUUUUUCGGGGGUCGCAGUUCCGAAGCGUCAAUCGUGUGGCUCGUUGUUCACUUUCUUCUUGGUUCGCCGCCAUUUCAUAGACUGCUGCACAUGUACAUCAUGGGUGCGUGCGGUGGACGAUUUUCCGCUGAGGUACAAAAACGUGCUGAGGUGGCCGUGCUGCUAUGGUUCGCAGACGAUUUCACACUU